AUGCCUCGCAAAGUCGCUAAAAGACGCCGUUCCAACCUUGCCGCAGCUAGCUCUCCGAAUCAUGGCGAAGCUACUACUCGAAAAGGUAGGAUUUGUGGGAGUUCUCGGAGAUUUAGGCAUUACGAAAUCCAUGGCUGUUUUUGUUUAUGUUUACUUGUUUCUUUAGGCAUCCUUUAGGGUGUUUCAAGGUCAAAUUAGAUUGCGACUACGAUAUUAUUGCUUGAGAUGGAUAACCUUUGUUUCUAGGUUUUGUAGCGAAAUUUCUGGGGAAUUUUUCUGCUUGGGAGUUUGGUCUGACCAACGACUGAUUAUGAAAAUUUAGUGCUUCGACGGCACAAGUUCCAUUUAAAACAAGAAGAUUUUGCUCCUGUGGUUGAGGCAGAUCGUUGUUUGACGUGCGGAGAAGGAGAACAAUUGGGACAUCCAGGUCGGAAUCAGACUCGAAAGCCGAGAGCGAUUGAUACUCUCGAUGAAAAGCUCAGAUUUGUGGAUGCCUGCGCGGGUGGUGUCCAUUCCUUGAUUCUCUCUUCAGAUGGCCGGGUAUUCAGUUGUGGUUGCAAUGAAAAAGGUACCGUUCCUGUAAAUGGACUUGAAGCUGAAGGUAUCACUGAUGAGUUCACGGAGAUAUCGUUCACCGAGGAGAUCAAGGCUCAUGGAAAGGUGGGGGUUUCUGUUUUUAUAUUAUUCUUGGUUUAGUUGGUGCAAUUGGCCGCUGGAGCUAGCUUUUCCGCCGCUUUGACGGAUAAAGGAAGUGUUGUAGCAUGGGGAAACCUGAGAGACAGUCAGGGAGAUGUUACCAGUCACACACAGCUCAGUCAGAUGCAGAAAGGUCCAGUUGUUAUUGUUCAACAUUCGAAGAUUGUGAUCGUCAAGAUCGCCGCUGGAGAAAAUCAUCUGGCUAUGUUAUCAAGUGAAGGGGAGCUCUUGACGUUUGGUGAAGGAUCAAUGGGACAGUUGGGCAGAUUAGCGAGAUCAAACCAUAUCAGAUCAAGUUUGUUUUAUUAUGCUGAAAUUCAAUUUUCUAUGUUAAUUUUGUGGGUACCUAUAUUAUCUUUGGCAUUUUUUCAGGUUAUAUGGCCGACGACUCGGGUAAACACUUGAAACUAAAUGUAUUGGAAAACGGAAAACUUGUGAAAUUUCAAAAUGUGUUUGCCGGUGGCUUCUGGACAAUUGCCAGUUCCGAGGACGGACGUUUAUUUGCAUGCGGUUUGAAUAAUUAUGCACAAUUGGGUCUGCCAUUACCGACUACAGAAGAGACUCAUCCCUCAGACAGCGAACAGAUGGAGACUGAUGAGAAGGACUAUCGAAUCACACGGCUUACGCAUGUGAAGGCUUUCGAUUCCGAAUACAAAUGGACCCACAUUGCUGGAGUACAGCACCUGGUGCUGAGGAAUGAAAAUGGUACGGUUUUUAGAGUUUAUUCUUGGUUUUUCUGAGGAAAAACGAGUAUGAAGGGGAGCGUAUUAAUGUUAUUAUCAACUUGUCUUGUUUUAGGGGAAGUUUUCGCGAUCGGAAAGAACACAGACAACAUCUUGGGUCUGGGAACCUGGAAAGGACGAGAUGACACCGAAUUCUGGCGAUAUGACAAGUUGCAGAAGGUCAUCUUCCCGGAGGGUGUGAAGAUCGCCGGAGUGAACGCUUCUCUCGCUUGCACAAUCGCUUGGACUGAUGAAGGCAUAGUUUUGAAAUAUAUUAAUCACAUCUUUACCCCCAUUCACUCUUAAUUCUGACUCAUUUCAGGAGAAUCUUAUUCAUUCGGCUUUGACAGUGCCGGCCAGCUCGGUCUGGGGAUCAAGGACGACGAGGAGAAGAUCGUCCCCACGCCCCGGAAGAUCCAAUCGGCCCAUCUGGAUGAUUACAAAGUACUCCGGGUCUCAGUCGCCGACCAACACGCUGUCUUUCUUGCUCAGCAUAAAUGA